CAGCAUUAUGCGGAAGGAAGGUUGCUCGGCGCCAUAUUUAAUACAUCAAAAGCUAGCUAGAAUUGACGUGUUUACAAGCCCAAACUUUUAACUUGAGACGGAAAACUAAAGCAAGCCCUCAACUUAAUCAAAAAUGAAUGUUAUAGAUCACGUACGGGAUAUGGCUGCCGCUGGCCUUCACUCUAAUGUUCGGAUAAUGAGUAGUUUGUUGCUAACGAUGAGUAAUAACAACCCGGAGCUGCUCUCGCCGACCCAGAAGUACCAGUUGUUGGUUUACCACGCUGAUUCCAUCUUCCAUGAUAAGGAGUAUCGUAAUGCCGCCUGCAAAUACAGUAUGGCAUUGCAACAGAAGAAGGUGCUCAGCAAAACGUCUAAAGUCCGUACUUCUACUGGUGGCGCUGCAUCUACCAUACAGGCACAGAGUUUGCCCUCCGAAAUUGAGGUAAAGUACAAGAUUGCUGAAUGCUACACCAUUUUGAAACUGGAUAAAGAUGCCAUUGCAGUGCUGGAUGGGAUCCCGUCCAGACAGAGGACUCCAAAGAUCAAUAUGAUGCUAGCUAACCUGUACAGGAAAGCUGGUCAGGAGCGCUCUGCAGUGACGAGCUACAAAGAGGUCCUCCGACAUUGUCCCCUCGCCCUGGAUGCAAUCAUUGGUCUUCUCUCUUUAUCAGUCAAAGGAGCUGAAGUGGCAUCCAUGACAAUGGAUGUGAUCCAGAGCAUCCCCAACCUGGACUGGCUCUCCGUUUGGAUCAAAGCAUAUGCCUUCAUACACGCCGGGGACAAUCAAAGAGCCAUCAACACCAUUUGCUCUCUUGAAAAAAAGUCUCUGUUGCGGGACAACGUGGACCUCCUGGUGAGCCUGGCGGAUGUCUACUUUAGGGCAGGUGACACCAAGAACGCCAUCCUGAAAUUUGAACAAGCCCAGAUGCUGGACCCGUACCUCAUCAAAGGGAUGGAUGUUUAUGGCUACCUGAUGGCCCGCGAAGGACACCUGGAGGACGUUGAAGUCCUGGGGGGGCGAUUGUUUAACAUCUCAGACCAGCAUGCAGAACCCUGGGUCAUCUCAGGUUGUCACAGCUUUUAUAGCAAGCGUUACUCCAGAGCCCUGUACCUGGGAGCGAAGGCCAUCCAGCUGAACAGCAACAGUGUCCAGGCUCUCCUCCUGAAGGGGGCAGCCCUGCGGAACAUGGGUCGUGUUCAAGAAGCCAUCAUCCAUUUCAGGGAGGCCAUGCGCUUGGCUCCCUGCAGGCUCGACUGCUACGAAGGUCUGAUUGACUGUUACCUGGCGUCCAAUGGGAUUCGAGAGGCUAUGGGGAUGGCCAAUAACAUCUAUAAGACUCUGGGGGCCAAUGCACAAACUCUGACCAUCCUUGCCACGGUGUGCCUGGAGGACCCGGUGACUCAGGAGAAAGCCAAAACCCUGCUGGACAAAGCUCUGGCCCAGAGACCCGACUACACCAAGGCUGUGGUCAAGAAGGCCGAACUGCUCAGUCGGGAACAGAAACACGACGAAGGGAUUGCUCUCCUCCGGAACGCCCUGGCCAAUCAGAGUGAUUGUGUCCUGCACAGAAUGCUGGGAGAUUUCCUGGUGGCUGUCAACGAUUACCAAGAAGCCAUGGAUCAGUACAGCAUAGCGCUAAGCCUGGAUCCCAAUGACCAGAAGUCUUUAGAAGGCAUGCAAAAGAUGGAGAAGGAGGAGAGCCCCACAGACGCCACGGUGGAGCUGGACGGUGACGACAUGGAGGGCAGCGGGGAGGACGGCGAUCUGGAGGGCAGCGACAGCGAAGCGGCACAGUGGGCCGAUCAGGAACAGUGGUUUGGUAUGCAGUGACCCCGAUCCCCCCCACCCCACCCCCC